AUGACUUCGUUUUUCGAUUUCUCCAAACCAAAAAUGUUGGACAUGAAAAAGAAGAUCAAUUUUAUGACCGUCUCCGAAAAGCCAGCCGCCGAAGAGCAACAGACAUUGGUCUCAUCAAAUCCAUUUAUCACUCCAAUGACCGAAAGUACACCCGGUAUGUCUAUCCAAAUCAAAAACCCCCGAAUUUUUCAAUGAUUUAGGUAUGUCAGAAUCAUGGGUUGAACUUGCGCCAAGUCGAACAAGUCUUUGCAGUAGUGUUGAUAUUAAUAUGGUUAUGAUCGAUGAAAAAGACAAGGAUUCAAGAUUGAGGUAUUUAUUUAUUAUUUUAUGAAUUCAAAACAAAAAGUUUCUUAAUUUUAGCCCAGUUUCAAUGCAAUCACCACAUGUAGAAUUUGAAAGUUUGGAACAAGUGAAAUACAAACUUGUUCGCGAAAUGCUUCCACCUGGCAAAAACACUGAUUGGAUUUGGGAUUGGAGUAGUCGCCCGGAACAUUUGCCAUCGGUCACCAAAACUGUUCGCAUGCGUCAGUAUGGUUCAAAUUUGACAACACCACCAAAUUCACCAGAACCUGAAUUGUAUCACUAUGUUCCAAUUGAAUCCGAAUCGCUUUUCAAUGUUCGUGUAGUUUUCGGAUUCAUCGUCUCAAACUUGUUCAGUUUUGUGGUUGGAGCAGCUGUUGGGUACGUUUCUCAUUUUUUGCUGUGUUUCUAGUUCAAUAUUGAUUGGAUUGUUUUUCAGAUUCGUUGUUUGCCGAAAAUUGACCAAACACCGCGAACUUUAA